GUGUGAUGUAAGAUUCAUUGGAUCAGCAAGAUCUUGCGUUCAUAGGGUUAUAUGGGAUUUGCGUUUCAGAAGUGAGAGAAGACGACGAGAGAGGUGAAAAGACAAGAAAAAUUGCCAGCAGCAUUGGUCAGGAGGAUGUGGAUGUUGGUUAACACCAGAAAGAUCUGAAUUUUGAGUCUUGUAAAAAAAUAUAUCAGAAUUUUGAGUCUUGCAGAGGCCGGGGGUACUCUGCUCCCUCCUUUUUUAAAAAAGAAGAUCAUAACGACGGGGUUGGUUGGGGAGCGCAUGAAGGCGGUGGUCUGUAGUAUCUCUGCGCCUGUAGUAGGACUGCACAGUAAUCUUGGAUGGCUUGGCUGUCUAUGGCAUCAUCUCCUUCCGCAACAAACCUCCUUCUAGGAUCCUCUGGGGUUUGACAUUAUAAUGAUUCCUAGACCCUUGCCUUGCUUCAGAGUGGAGAUUGAAUCGGUAGUGUUCACUCACAAUGACAAGUGACAAGGGAAGGACUACAAAGAAGCCUGCUGAGGUUUCAGCCUCUGCUUUGCCUCCAUCUGAUGAAGAAGCCAGCAGUGCAGUACAGAAGAGACGGUUGCCCAAUGGGAGGAAAACUGGGCCAGCAAGGCGCUCAACCAAGGGGAAUUGGACUCUGGAAGAGGAUGAUAUCCUUCGGAAGGCUGUUCAAACCUACAACGGAAAAAAUUGGAAAAAGAUAGCGGAGUGUUUUCGAGAUAGGACCGAUGUUCAAUGCCUUCAUAGGUGGCAGAAGGUUUUAAAUCCUGAGUUGGUCAAAGGACCAUGGUCUAAAGAAGAAGAUGACAUCAUUAUUGAGAUGGUUAAUGAACAUGGACCAAAGAAAUGGUCAACCAUCGCCCAAGCUUUGCCAGGACGGAUCGGAAAGCAAUGCCGUGAAAGGUGGCACAAUCAUCUUAAUCCUGGGAUAAAUAGAGAUGCAUGGACACAAGAAGAGGAAAUUAGGCUCAUUCAGGCUCAUCAAGCAUAUGGAAAUAAAUGGGCUGAACUAUCAAAAUAUCUGCCAGGAAGGACAGACAAUGCGAUAAAAAAUCACUGGCAUAGCUCAGUAAAGAAGAAAUUUGAAUCAUACAGAGCAGAGGGUUUACUGGCUCAGUUAAAAGGCCUACCACCUGUUGUGUAUCCUACCAGUCUAACUGUUGAUUCUUCAUCUGCAAUGAUCCAGCAAAAUAGUGAAGGUAGUGGUUUAAAUGCUGUCCUGGAGGUUGAAGAUUCCUCUGAGUUCAGUCAAUCGUCAUUGGCCAAUGUUUCUUGCUCUCAAGUGAAGCAUGUUGAUGCGGCUCUGGGCUGUCAUUUGCAAGUAAAUUUCUGUGAUGAAAGAGCAGACGACUCUUACUCUUUAGGUCAGGAAGCAUGCUACACUAACACCAACAAUGUUGCUUCUGCAUUACCGGAGACUCAUCACCAGUUAUCCAUCUCUGAAAACGAUCUAGAUAAACACUUGCAGCAAGACUUUUCUGAAGAGAUGGAUUUAGAUAUAGGUGAGGUACCAAACAGUUCUGUAUUUACAGAUAGCCAGGCAUCCAAGGAGCUAUUUCAGCACACCCAGGUCAUAUCUAUGUUGCCUACUGUUUCAGGGUAUGAGCAUAACACAAACGCGACAUCUGAAGCUGAUUUUGAUAACAAAAAGGGUCUUCAAUCAGAACUCUGGGAGGAUAUUUCUUUUCAGGGUAUUCUUUCCGCACCAGACUCCAUCAGUGCUGAUUCUUUCUUGAGUCCAAAUUGUCAGCGCGGUCUAUAUUCAGUUGAAGCUGCGAAGAAUUUUGAAGAAUCACUUUAUCCGUUGCAUACAUUCAACUCAUCAAGCAUGACGAGCUCUGCACAUCUUCAAAGUUCUGCAACAUCGCUACCUUCAUCAUUUAUUUCUUCAGGUAGUGCUUCAUGUACACCUGGUGCUAAAUUUGAGACAAAUGGCAUACCAGUUUCUUUGGAGUCGAUCACAUGCCAGGAUGUUCCCAGUGACAUGCCUAUACCAGAAUCUAGAAAGCAACAGCCGACAGAUGUUGAACAGUCAUCUUUGGAACAUACAACCAUGGGAAGAGAAGCAUCACCUAUUCAUGGUGAAUCUGUGGUAGGCCAAAAGAAGCAUUCAGAAGCUCUAUGCUAUGAACCUCCUUGCUUCCCAAGCGUUGAAGUUCCAUUUGUCAGCUGUGACCUUUUAAGCUCUAGUGACCUCCCAGAAUAUAGUCCUCUUGGCAUUCGGGAGUUGAUGAGGUCAUCGAUGAACUUCUCCACUCCAAUAAGAUUGUGGAGCUCCCCUACUCGUGAUAUGAGUUCUGAUGCUGUGCUAAAGAGUGCUGCCAAAAGCUUUAUAUGCACACCGUCAAUAAUGAAGAAGCGGCAGAGAGAGCUCUCUUCUCCUACUCCAGAUAUAAAAUUUGCAAAGAAAAUUGGUGCCGAAAAGGAUUGUGGCAACUCAGGCAUGUCAUCCACAAGAACCGAAAGAUCUUUCAUGGAUGUUAUUGAAGAUGAAUUGCUUGAUUUCAUUUCUCACCAAAAUGAGGAAAACCUGAAAGAAACCACUCAUCAGGGCAUAAACGAAGAAAAUACAAAAAGAAACACUUUGGAGGAAGGAAAGAGAUGUUCCACUAUGAACAAAGAUACAACUUGUGAUGCACUGUCCACAGGGAUUCUUACUGAGAGCAAUGCCAAUAGCCUGAGUCCACCUAAGGAUGUGAAGAAUCCAGGAAUUCAGAAGCUAAAUACCACUGCUAAAUCUUUGUCUAAAGAAAUAAUAUCUUCAAGAUCAAAACCAACAAAUCUUGUUGUUGAAAAGUCUUCACCGUAUAUCAAUGCUGAUUAUCAGUAUGUGAACAUAUUGGCUGAUACCCCAGGAAUAAAAAGAGGGUUAGAAUCUCCUUCUGCAUGGAAGUCCCCUUUGUUCACAAAUUUCCAGGAUGGAUUCUUCAUGAGCCCAGCAGGCAGAACUUUUGAUGCUUUAGGAUUGGUGAAGCAAAUAAAUGAACAGAAUGCUCCUGCCCUGGAGGAAGCCCAUGAGGUCCUGGCAUGCGGGCGUCCACAGAACCCAUGUAGCAAGGAAAACUCUAAUAAGGAAAAUAUAGAGCAAACUAUUAUCAGGGAGCAUGUAACAAGCAACCAGCCAUCCACAGUCAUGGCCGAAGCAAGGAUUCUUGAUUACAACGAAUGCACAACACCUGUGAAGAAGAAAGAAGAAUGCAGCAUUUUCCAAAGAUCCCCAACUUCCUCUUAUCUCCUGAAGAAUGUGCGGUAGCCUUUACAGGAAGUGCCCAGAGAAUGCUUUUCUGAUGCAUAAUCAGUGUGUACAUACCUGUAGUUCAGAAACUAGAUACAUUUUUUUUUGUUUUUUGCGAUAUACACAUGGCUCUUCCCCCCUUAUUGUCUUUGAACUAUUUCAUCCUCUGUCCGUAGUGAUGAAACUUUAGUCAUGUUCUCUCAGAAAAAAGAGAAAGACUUAACCAUAUUUUUCUUAAAAUCAAGCUAUUUAGUGAAUGAUAGUAAAAUACCAUCA